ACAGGGCUGCAGCAACGACUCCAGGCAGCCUGGAUGUCUCCCAGCAUGGUGCAGGCCCACACAGCUCCUGCCGCAAUUCCCCUCCCCUCGCCUGUGUGUGGGAGGCAGGAAGCAGCAUUUGAAGACGAAGCCUCAGCCUGAAUGCAGACACAGUGAAGGCAGCAACCAGGGGCCAUGUGGCACGUCGCCGCCCGCUCCCUGUCCCGGGCCAGCUCCCGCGCCUGGCAGAAGCAGCUGCCCCGGCCCAGCCCCGCGCCCGCAGCCCCGCAGCGCCGCGGCCCUGCAUGGACGCCCGGGAUGGCCUCCGCCCGCAGCCUCUCCGCCAUGGCCCCCGCCAUCCGCCUCUCGCCCACCGCCCGCAGCCUCUUCGACGAGCCGCUGGCCAUCGCCGUGCAGGGCCUGGGCCCGCGGCAGCAGGUCACGCUGCGGGCGUCCUUGCGGGACGAGGCGGGUGAGCUCUUCCAGGCCCGCGCCCGCUACCAGGCGGGGGACGACGGGGAGCUGGACCUGGCCCGCUGCCCCGCGCUGCCGGGCGGCAGCUUCUCCGGCCUGGAGCCCAUGGGGCUGCUCUGGGCUUUGCAGCCCCAGAAGCCUUUCCGGUAUAUGCUGAAGAAGGAUGUGCAGAGCCCCUUCGUCGUGCAGCUGGAGGUGUUCGAGGGCCACGGGGAGCCCCCCGGGCGGCUCCUGGCGCAGGCACAGCAUGAGCGGGCGUUCCUGCGGGAUGGCGUGCGGAGAGUCCCGGUGCGAGAGGGGAGGGUCCGGGCGACGCUUUUCGUGCCCCCCGGAGAAGAUGCCUUUCCAGGGGUCAUUGACAUACAUGGACUUGGAGGAGGUCUUUUUGAGCAGAGAGCCAGCCUGCUGGCCAAUCAUGGGUUUGCCACACUGGCUCUGGCUUAUUAUCAAUAUGAGGACCUGCCCCAGCAGCCAACUGAACUCCACCUGGAAUAUUUUGAAGAGGCAGUGAACUAUAUGCUGCAGCACCCACAGGUGAAGGGACCAGGGGUUGGCCUGCUCGGUUGCUCCAAAGGUGCUGAUCUGUGUCUCACCAUGGCCGCCUUCCUGAAGAACAUCACGGCCGUUGUUUCCCUCAACGGCCCUGUGGCCGUUACGAUUUACCCUCUCUGUUACAAGGAUAAAACCAUCCCCGCUUUGCCCAUCGAUGAACAACAGGUCAAAAUCAUUGACUCCAAUCUUCUUGAUUAUUCCGACAUCCCUGCUGAUGCCUUCCAAGCCCCUGGCAACCAAAGCCUGAUCCCACUAGAGAAAACUGAGGCACAGUUACUGUUCAUUGUUGGGCAAGAUGACCAUGUUGUUAAAAGUGAGUAUUACGCUACUGAAGCCUGCAAGCUUUUGCAGGCUCAAGGGAAGGAAAAUUUUCAGAUUCUCUCCUACCCUGGAACAGGGCACUGCUUUGACCCUCCCUUUUUCCCUUUGUACUCCAUAGGAAGCCAUCCCAUUUUUCACAAGCGGGCAGUCCUGGGUGGGGAGCUCAGGGCUUAUUCUAAAGCUCAGGCUCAUUCUUGGCCACGGAUCCAGGCUUUUUUCAACAGGUAUUUAAAUGACAACUAAUGUGCAAGAAAGACGCAGCUCUUAAUGACCUAACCUGGCAGAUGCUUUCAGGCUUGCCAGGUCAAAACUUGUUCACAGUUGCACCAGUACAACUGCAGUAUCUUCCACCGCUUUGCACAUCUGUAACUCAGAAAAGAGCUGCGUUUGCCUUUUCUGGUUUUCCCUGAACUUGCUUGGGUAAGUGUCAAGAAAAGGAAUGGCAAACAGGUUUGCAUUAGCCAUUGAUAAAACUGGUCACGUGCAAAAUGCACAGUUACAUUUCUUAGGUGGUUUCUGUUCUUCCAAAUGCCUGGCAGUACUUCACAUAUCACUGUGGUCUCUACAUGCAUACCUCAUCCUCAGCUUUAAAGCAAUCUACUGUAAAGCAACGCCUCUCAAACGCUGAUUUUGGACCAGGGUUUUCACCACUCUUGUGGUGAAAGCCUCAUCGUAAACGGAAAUGUCUCUGAUCUCUGUGCUGCUGGAAGUGUGCAGGAAUGGAUGUUACAGCCAGGAUGCUGGGGUGACUCCGGUUAAGCCUCAGGAAGGGUUGCUGGCCCUCUGUGCCACCUCUCUGUCCUCUCCUCAGAGGAAGUGCUCUGGCUCGUCGAUACUUCUGGCCCCAAGAUGUCACGCAAAAAGCCAUUCUGCUAAAUGUACAGCCAUUGUGAUCUUCUCCCACAUGAUGUGGAACUUUUUCAGCUUUGUUAUUAGGGUGAGAAUUGUAAUAAAGAGACUGAGAUUUGAAA